ACUAAUAGUAUAAUUAUUUAAUAAAUAGUUAUAAAACAAUAAUGGAAUCCAGAUUGAAUUAAUAAUGAAAAUAUCAAUAUAUUUGUUGGUCAUAUCAAUCAUAUAUUUGCGGAUUGAGUGCAAAACUGUGCCAAAAGACGAUGACUUGAUUACGGAUGAAGAAGAAGGCAAACAAUAUCUGUUAGACGCGAAUGAGAAGCUGAGGGUUGAGAUGAAUAAGCACUCGACCGCUGAGUGGAACUAUGCCACUGAUAUCAAUGACCAGACAUCCGCUGAAAGGGAUACAGUGACUGAAGCUUUCAAUGCAUUUCAAAAGCAGGCGUCAAUUGAUACCAAAAAGUAUGAUUGGAGUGGUUUUGAAGAGCAAUAUAAAAGACAGUUUGAGAAAAUGGCGGUAAUCGGGACGUCCGCUCUGGAGGGCGACGACGAGAAAAAUUACAUCAAAGUGACCGGGAAUAUGGAGACGACUUAUAGCACUGCCAAAGUGUGUGUCAGUGGAAAGUGUGAUCUCGAAUUGGAUCCAGAUUUGGAUAAAAUAAUGGCCGAAUCGAAAGACCCGACAGAGUUAGAGGAGGCGUGGGUUAACUGGAGGGACGCCUCCGGAAAGAAAAUGAGAAACGAUUUCAUAGAGUAUUACACUUUAGGCAACAAAGCGGCCACUCUUAACAAACUGCCCGAUAAAGAAUUCAAGACUUUGGACGACUUGUGGCUGUUCUCAUGGGAAACGCCAGAUAUUAAACAACAAACUCAGGAACUGAUGGAUCAGUUGAAGCCUUUUUAUGUGAAACUUCACGCGUAUGUGAGAAAGCAUUUGAAGGCAGCCUAUCCCGAUGUCAUGCCGGCUGAUGGCACUAUACCCGCACACCUAUUGGGUAAUAUGUGGGCUCAAUCGUGGAGUAAUACUAUGAAUACCGUUCCCGGUGUCGACCCAUACCCUGAUGUUACUACCAUUGAUGUGACAUCAUGCCGGCUGAUGGCACUAUACCCGCACACCUAUUGGCAAUACACAGCAAAACGAAUGUUUGAUUUGUCGGACAAAUUCUUUGGUGAUUUAGGUCUCGACAAAAUGACACAAACUUUUUGGGAUAAAUCCGUUAUUGAAAAGCCAGCCGAUAAGCAAAUGGUUUGUCACGCCUCGGCCUGGGAUUUCACAGCGGCAUCGGGUGAUGACUUCCGUAUCAAACAGUGCACUAACAUUAAUAUGGAGGACCUGAUCACCAUUCACCACGAGAUGGGACACGUCGAGUACUAUAUGCAGUAUAAAACACUACCUGUUGUUUAUCGCGAGGGAGCUAAUCCAGGUUUUCACGAAGCAAUUGGUGAUCUGUUGGCACUGUCUGUGUCAACACCGGCACAUCUUAAAAAGAUUGGUCUCUUAACUCUCGAUGGAUCGGUGGAUAUGGAGAAAAUUAAUAUCAAAUACCAGCUUAAGAUGGCUUUGGAUAAACUGGCAUUUUUACCAUUUGGGUUCAUCAUGGAUAAAUAUCGGUGGGAUGUCUUCUCCGGCACCACAUCUUCAGCCAAUUUAAACAAACACUGGUGGGAAUUGAGAGGUGAAUACCAGGGUGUGUCACCGCCUGUGAAGCGAAGCGAGAAUGACUUUGAUCCCGGUGCCAAGUAUCACGUGCCAGCCAGUGUUGAAUAUAUUAGAUAUUUUGUAUCCCAUAUCCUACAGUUCCAGUUUCAUAAAACUUUGUGUGGUUUCAGUCAAAAGGCUGUCCCCCUGCAUGAGUGCGAUAUCGAUGCUGAUAAGGAAGCCGGUGCUAAACUAAAAGAUAUGUUGGCAGUGGGCUCAUUAGUGAAAUGGCCAGAUAUAUUAAAACAGAUGACUGGAACUGACAAAAUGGAUAUCAAUCCACUUCUGGAGUACUUUAAACCAUUGCAAGACUUUUUAGAUAAAGAGUUAGAGGGCGUAGAAACUGGCUGGACAUUUGAUGUUGAUAACCACUUUUUAAUAACCGAUGAGACGCAAGGAAAGACAUAUUUAACAGAAGUUGACUCAAAACUACGACAACAAAUGGAGACCAAUACGGAGGCUCAAUGGGCUUAUGCCGUAGAUAUCAAUGAGAACACUGCGGCAGCAAGGGAUAAAGCGACCGAGGUGUUUAACGCGUUUCAAAAGCAACAAUCAUUAGACACCAAAAAGUAUGAUUGGAGUGAAUUUGAUCCGUUUGUCAAAAGACAAUUUGAGAAAUUGGCGGUCAUUGGGACGUCAGCUCUGGAAGGGGAGGACGAGACAAAUUACCUGAAAGCGACGGGUAAUAUGGAGACGACGUACAGCACCGCCAGAGUAUGUGUCAAAGGGAAGUGUGAUCUCGAAUUGGAUCCAGAUUUGGGUAAAAUAAUGGCCGAUUCGAAAGACCCGACAGAGUUAGAGGAGGCGUGGGUUAACUGGAGGGACGCCUCCGGAAAGAAAAUGAGAAACGAUUUCAUAGAGUAUUACACUUUAGGCAACAAAGCGGCCACUCUUAACAAACUGCCCGAUAAAAGCUUUAAGACAUUGGAUGAGUUAUGGCUCUUCCCGUGGGAGACACCGGAUAUCAAACAACAAACUGAAGACUUGUGGCAAAAAUUAAAGCCCUUUUACGAGAAACUUCACGCGUAUGUGAGAAAGCAAUUGAAAGCAAAGUACCCUGAUAUAAUGCCAAAAGACGGUACAAUACCGGCCCACUUAUUGGGCAAUAUGUGGGCUCAGCAAUGGAGCAAUAUUAUGAAUACCGUUCCCGAUGUCGACCCAUACCCCGAUAUUGUAACCAUUGAUGUGACCGAAGAAUUAGUGAAACAAGAAUACGACGCUAAGAAAAUGUUUGAUUUGUCGGACAAAUUCUUUGGCGAUUUAGGUCUCGACAAAAUGACACCAAGUUUUUGGGAUAAAUCUGUUAUUAAAAAGAUACCAAACGUGGAAAUGGUCUGUCACGCAUCCGCCUGGGAUUUCUACGCCACAGCCGGUGAUGACUUCCGUAUCAAACAGUGCACUAACAUUAAUAUGGAGGACCUGAUCACCAUUCACCACGAGAUGGGACACAUCGAGUACUUCAUGCAAUAUAAGACCCAACCCGUCAUCUAUAGGGACGGCGCCAAUGCAGGUUUCCACGAAGCAAUUGGUGAUCUGUUGGCACUGUCUGUGUCAACACCGGCACAUCUUAAAAAGAUUGGUCUCUUAACUCUGGAUGGAUCGGUGGAUAUGGAGAAAAUUAAUAUCAAAUACCAGCUUAAGAUGGCUUUGGAUAAACUGGCAUUUUUGCCAUUUGGGUUCAUCAUGGAUAAAUAUCGGUGGGAUGUCUUUUCCGGUACUACUUCUUCAGCCAAUAUGAACAAACACUGGUGGGAACUGAGGGGUGCAUAUCAGGGUUUGUCACCGCCUGUAAAGCGAAGCGAGAAUGACUUUGAUCCCGGUGCCAAGUACCACAUUCCAGCCAGUGUUGAAUAUAUUAGAUACUUUGUAUCGCAUUUACUACAGUUCCAGUUCCAUAAAGCCUUGUGUGCAUUCAGUCAAAAGGCUGUUGCCCUUCAUGAGUGUGACAUUGAUGGCGAUACGGCUGCCGGCGCUAAACUAAAAGAGAUGUUAGUCUUGGGCUCAUCCAAGCCAUGGCCCGAACAGUUGGAGCUCUUGACGGGCAGUAAGAACAUGGAAGUCGACUCAUUGCUCGAGUACUUUAAGCCAUUGCAGACAUUUCUGGACCAACAGCUGGUUGGUGAACAGUUAGGCUGGACUUUCAAUGUUGACGAUUACUUUGAUAAUAAUCCGAUAACCAGUGCUCCAACUACUCCCUCUACUCCCCCGACCACUUCAUCGCCUACUUUCCCGACAACCGAUGACGCCAAACAUGCAAUCACUUCAAUGUCUCUUAUAUUCAUUAACACCACAAUAACCAACGAGGGGUUAAUAAGAAAUGAAAAGGAGGUGAUGGCAUACCUGGCCGAUGUGGACGCAAAAUAUCUUAUCUGGAAUAACAAGAAGAGCAAGGUCAAAAUGAUCAAAGAAUUCAGUGCAUGGAAUAAGGAACUGGCGAUUGAGCUUAAAAAGUACGACUGGACUCACUUUACACCAUAUAAUAGGAGACAGUUUGAGAAGAUGGCGUGCAUUAACAACACAAAGACCAAAGAGGGGUUAAUAAGAGAUGAAAAGGAGGGGACGGCAUACCUGGCCGAUGUGGACGCAAAACUGGUCGCCUGGAAUAACAAAGUGUUCGAGGUGAAUUGGGCUCACGAUUCAGAUAUCAAUGAAAUGAAUUUGGAGGCUAAAGUUAAACUGACCAAAGAAUUGAAUGCAUUUCAAAAGCAACAGUCGAUUGAGACUAAAAGGUACGACUGGACUCACUUUAUACCAUAUAAUAGGAGACAGUUUGAGAAGUUGGCGGUUAUCGGCACCUCUGCCCUCAACUCUGCCGACGAGAAGAGGUUCAUUAAAGCUACGAAUAACAUGGAAAAGAUUUACAGCACAGCCAAAGUGUGUGUUAGUGGUAAUUGCAUGCUUGAAUUGGAUCCAGAUUUGACGAAAAUAAUGAGUGAAUCUAAGAAUUACAACGAACUCAGGCAGACGUGGGUUAACUGGAGGGACGUUACCGGCAAGAAAAUGAGGAGAGAUUUCAUAUCUUAUUAUAAUUUAGGCAAUAAAGCGGCCAAACUUAAUGAACUGCCAAAUAUGAAGUUUGAGACUUUGGACGACUUGUGGCUCUUUUCGUGGGAAACGCCGGACAUUAAGAAUCAAACGGAGAAUCUAUUGCUAGAAAUGAUGCCCUUCUAUGCGAAACUUCACGCAUAUGUUAGGAAACAUUUGAGGAAAGCAUAUCCCGGCAAAAUGCCUAAAGAUAAGACAAUACCCGCGCACAUUUUGGGCAAUAUGUGGGCACAACAGUGGGAUAAUAUCAUGAAUACGGUGCCCGGCGUUGAUCCAUAUCCCGACGUACAGACCAUUGACGUGACAAAAGAAUUAGUGAAACAAAAUUAUACGGCAAAACGAAUGUUUGAAUUGUCGGACAAAUUCUUUAGUGAAUUGGGACUCAUGAAAGUGACCGACACUUUCUGGAAGAAGUCUAUCACAGAGAAAGCCAAAGACAAAGAAAUGAUCAAUAUGAAUGACUUGAUUGUAAUCCACCACGAGAUGGGACACAUCCAGUACUACAUGCAAUACAGUAGCCAACCAGCGGUGUAUCGCGAGGGCGCUAAUCCAGGUUUUCAUGAAGCAAUUGGAGAUCUGUUGGCAUUAUCUGUGUCGACACCAAAACAUUUGCAGAAAAUAAAACUUUUAAAAAUCGACAAUUCGGUAGAUAUGAAGAAAAUAACGAUUAAAUACCAGUUGAAGAUGGCGUUGGAGAAGAUAAUGAUACUACCCUGGGCAUUCUUAAUGGAUAAGUAUCGGUGGGAUGUGUUCUCUGGUAAGACAGCACCCGCUCAUCUGAACAAACACUGGUGGGAACUUAGGGGCAAAUAUCAGGGUAUAUCACCACCUGUCAAACGAAGCGAAAAAGACUUCGAUGCCGGCGCUAAAUAUCAUACGGCAGCCGGUAUUGAGUACAUCAGGUAUUUCGUGGCAGAUAUACUACAGUUCCAGUUCCACAAAGCGUUGUGUAGUUUCAGCCAAAAGGAUGUUCCCCUCCAUGAGUGCGACAUCGAUGGCGACAAAGCGGCCGGAAAUCUAUUAAAAUUUGGUUCGUCCGAGUUAUGGCCAAAACAGUUAAAAUUCUUUACCCGAACCGAGAGAAUGAAUGUCCAGCCGAUGAUCGAGUAUUUCAAACCAUUGAUUGAAUUUUUGGAUAAAAACUUGGAGGGCGAGGAACCGGACUGGGAGUUCAAUGUUGACGACCACGUCAAUAGUCCAGUGGUUUUUUACAACUCAUUAGGAGUUAUUAAAAAGAGAAAGCAUGCUCAUUUAGUUCACUAA